AUGAACAAUGUAUCGAUUCAAGGAGAUAUUCGUUAUAUAAACUUCGAAUUCGAUCCGUUCACGAUUCCAGUUCUUGCUGCAUUUGCUCCAAUAAUCUAUGUGAUUCCUACUGUUUUCAUAGUGAUAAAAAUAAUUAAAGUGUAUGUUCGAUGCUUGAUAAGGAAGAAACAAGAAUUAAUUAAUCCACAUGUGUUUUCAAUCAUCGUGCUCUCUCAGUUUUUGAGUUUCUGCUACAUGCUCGCCGACUAUUCAACUAUCCGUCUCCCAUCUACAGGAAUCAUGACUUCAUGGUGUGCUUCCGGACAACCAAGUCAUUUUCUGAAAGUCCUUUUCAUGCUCUCAGUUUAUUUCAAUUACACAUCCAUGCUUUUCCCAUUUUUACUGUCAAUACUAAGAUUGAUCCCUUUGUACCGCCCAUUCAAUCAUGAGAAACUAUCGGGUCGAAUCGUUAGUAUCUCCACACCUCUCAUUUUCCUGUACCCAUUUCUAUUCUGUUUCCCACUAUUCCCUGCACUUGGGACUUGUCUUCAACUCAAAGGGGAUUAUCACUUUGGAGCUAUCUUCAUUUUCUAUGAUCGAUCUUGGUUUAAUAUAAAACAAGCAAAUACUCUAUUUUUAAAUGUCAUAGCAUGGUUUUUCAUCAGUACAGUAACCAAUACAAUGCUCUAUCUGAAACUGAGGAAAUUAAGAAAUAAGAGAAGAAGUUUGAAGUUGCAACGAGCAGAGUUUUCAUUGUCUGUGACCACUCUCUCCAUGUUAUCCGCGUAUAUUACUAAUUUGGCAUUUGUGGCAGCCUUUAUAUUUCUGCCGGGUAGCUCCGCAUACCUGGUAGCCCUCCGACCGUAUGGAAAUGACUGUGACUUCGUUUCUGUUCCAUGGAUUUUCUAUCUUACUCAUCCCAUAUUUAAACAACAGAAAGUGUUGCCAACAGAAGAAGUACGACAAAAAUGGGCUGCAGUUGUUUUAAUGAAAAUUUCUUCUUGA